AUGCUUUGUCCUGAUAUCCGCAGUACAGAGUUAUCAGAAUUUGAUAAGUGUAUAGCAAGUGCCUUAGGUGGCAUAGGAAUAUAUGCAUCAACAGCAUCAAAACAUGGUGUUGUAGGGCUCACAAAGAGUGUUACAGCUGAAUUGGGGAAGCAUGGGGAUGAGAGAACCGACGAUGCAUUGGCCAGUUUCCGUGAUUUUACUGGGAGAAUGGCCAACUUGCAGGGUGUAGAGUUAACUGCUCAUGAUGUGGCUAAUGCUGUGCUCUUUCUUGCAAGUGAUGAGGCCAGAUAUAUCAGUGGAGUCAAUCUCAUGGUUGAUGGUGGCUUCACCAGCGUUAAUCACUCACUCCAAGUUUUUAGAUGA